UGGUGUUAGUACCCGUCUGUUUCAACUCCCACCAUGACAGAAUUUGUUUUUUUUUUUUUUGUGUGUGUGUGUGUGUGUAACCACGCCUACACAGUGGCUGCCAAGGCUUACCCAUGAGUUAAACCUUCUUUAGCUGGUAAUGAGGAAGGCGUGGGCUCUAGCAGUGGACACCCGAAGGCAGCAGUGGGUGAAAACAAGCAAAAUAAAGAAAAGUUUGGCUGUGAGAAGGUGCUAGACAGCCAGCCAUAGUGACGAGGAGGCAGGAAGGUAUCACCACCACCACCACCACCACCACAGGGAAGGUGGAUGACAGCUCAACCGUAGCAUCAGGAGGCACAGCGGAGGGUGGAGAGGCAGCGGAGGGCGGGGAGGAGCCAGCGUCGGCCAAUGGACAGCCUGCAGAGGGCAGCGAAGUGGAGGGUGACGGCGACAGCCAGGCGGCGGCCACCAGUGGAGAGGUGUUGAUGGAGGAGGUGGUGGAGGGGGAUGUACCGGCCAAGAGCCCAAUGCAGCAGGUGGAGGAGCCCUCCAUGCCACUGAAGACGGAGGUGGUGGAAGCAGAGGAAAAGGAAGCCAUGAAGGAGGACACGUCGGCAGACAAGAGUGACGGGGAGGAGGAGGCCGACACCGACAUUGUGAAGGAUGAAGAGGUGAUAAUGGACACCAGUCCACCCACCAUGGAUGGCAGGCAGGUGGUGAUGGAGGGCGGCGAGGUGGUGACAGAGCAGGCGGAGGUGAUGAUGGAGGGCCACCAGGUGUUCAUGGAGGGGCCCGUGGUGAUGGAGGAGGCCCCGGUGGAGAUGGGGGCGGAGGGGGUGCUGGUGCAGGGGUCGGGCCUGACCUUUGACACCAGUAUGCUGGAGGGCACAAAGGGGGAGGAGUGCGCCUCGCCUGCCGGCAACCUGGUGAUGGUGAAGCAGGAGGACCUGCAGGACAACCGCUACGGCCACAACCAGCAGAUCCUGGGCCUGGUGGCCAGUGGCGUGGAGGAGGAGGAGGAGGUGGUGGUGGGUGGGGAGACGCAGAGCAAGAUUCUGCUGGAGAACCUGGUGAGUGAGGCGCUGCAGUCACCACAGCGUGGCCAUGACAACAUUAUCGUCACCACCAGCACCAUCACCCCCGGCCAGGCACCCACGCUGGUGCGCGGCUCUCCCCCCCAGGCCACCCCCACCAGGAUCGUGGUGCAGACCAACCAGAACACAGCCCAGAAGGCCAACCAGGGCCACUUCCUCAUCCAGGUGGGGGGCACGCCCGUCCCUGUGGCCCCAGUGGUGGCCGCCCCCAGUCCUGCCUUGUCCAAGAACCACAUCGUGAUCCGCGCCGGCCACAACCAGACCCCCUCGGGAACCCCUGCGGCGGUCAGGGAGGACCCGGGCAGCCCUGCCCAGCAGGGCAGCAUCUUCAAGGUGAUCAUCCCUGAGGGCACCACCAAGGUCACCAAGGUGGCCCCUGCGCCCCCUGCCGUGGAGCAGCAGGAGCCCGUCAGGAAACACAUCCAGAUCAACCUGUCGGACAGCACCGCCAAGCGCCCCAUGCGCUACCUCUCCCAGAACGCCUCCCAAACCACUACCCCCGCCCACCCCAAGGCCGACGCCACCGGGGACCCCAAGAAGCUGUACGAAUGUCCCACCUGCAACAGCAAGUUCAUGAGGCCACUGUAUCUCAGGAAGCACAUGAGGAGCUGCAAGAAGGAGGAAGUGAAGGUGGAAAAGGCACCACUGUACAUGUGUUCCUUCUGCAAGAUGACCUUCAAGACCAGGCCACAGAUUUCACAGCAUUUCCUCAAGUGUUUCCACAGCCCUUACCGCAAGAAAAAGACACAGGGAGUCAAGCGGAACAAUGAGGGGGAACCUUCCGUCCUUCCCAAGAGAGGACGGAUGGAUGACUCGGACAUCGACCCAUUGCUGGAACAAGCCGUGCAGUUCAGGUGUCAAGACUGUGACAGAACCUUCAACAAGGAGCGUCAGUACACAAGCCACAUUAAACGCUGCACCAAAGUCUCUGUACACGACCUCACUGGGCCACGCAUGGAGAUCAAGGGUGAGGAGGAGGAGGAGGAGGAACCAGAGUCACAGGAAGACCCGUUUGCCGACCCAGACCCCCUCCCGCCACCCCCCAAGAGAGGGCGGGGUCCAGGCAGGCGGGGAAGACCUCCAGGACGUGGCACCGCUAGUUAUGCUGUGGCCAGGGGCACCUCCAAAACAUCCAGCCAGCUGUUUGAUGGAGAGUACCCAGUGGGCACAUCACGGGGACUGAUGGUGGCAGACAACGAGGGUCUUGUCCGCAGCACCACAGGCCUGGCACACACUGUACAGCUCACCCUGGAGACGGCUAGCCAGGAGGGGCAGCCACAGCCCUCCGCACUGGUGGCUGACUCAAAGGGUGUGCGAGGGAGGGAGCGGCCCCCCCAGGCGUGGUCGCUGGUGUGUGCGCUGUGUCAGAAAAUGUUCAUCACCAAGGCGGCACUAGCUCAUCACGUCAUGGCGGAGCACGGCGCAGACCUCGUACACUCCCGCAGCAUCCUGGAGGGCAAGAUCAAGAACAACGAGCCUCUCUUCAGAUGUCCAGUGUGCAGCCUGAACUAUCAGUCUGAGGACCAGUUUGUGGAGCACAUGGUUCUACAGCACACAGCACGCCUGCAGGAGACCUUCACACGCCUGCAGGGGGAGACAUCAACAUACGUGUGUUCGCUGUGCUCGCUGGUGCUGCUGACCAAGAACCUUCUGGUGGAGCACUUGAGUCUGGUGCACCUGGAUGAACUGGAGGCGCAGGCCCGGGGCGACACUCACGUGGAAAUUGCCUCCAGGGUGUCCGGCCGCUCUAAGAUCCAACCUGCUCCUGUGCUGAGGGAUAGGAGUGCUGCUUCUGAAGGAGGGAGGAAGGACCAGGACAGUGAGGGGAAGAUGGAUGCCGGAGAGGAGUCACCUUUGGAGUGUGGCUUCUGUGGGGAGGAACUCUCUAACCAGGAGGAGAUGGUGGAACACUACAUAGAGAGCCAUGGGGUGGAGACAGAUGAGGACGGAUGCCUUCUGGACCUGGGGAUUGAUGUGGAUGUACGGGUCAAGGACACUAAGGGCCUUCUCCAGCUGGCGGAUGGCCGGAUGGAUGACACAGUUCCAUCCAAGACCGUGCUGCUGAGGAAAAAACCGAGGCAGAGUUGGCAGUGCAAGGAGUGCCAACAGGUGUUCUCCAAGCAUUUUGACUUUCUGAGACACAUGCGGGAGGUAUGCACGGAGGUUAGCCAAAGUAGCAAACCCACUGUGUCAAGAGGAGGCAACUUCAAGUGUCAGGAACCAGGAUGCAGCCACCUCUCCUUCUACCAGGUGAAGCUGCUGUUCAAGCACAUGGAGGAGGUGCACAAGAUUGUGGUGCCGAAGGAGUUUAAGACGUUCCGCAGCCUCACCUUAUUUUACAAGUGGCUGACGGGCGAGGAGCAGAAGUACAAUGUCCGCUACAUCCGCGACACAACCCGUAUUGAGAAGAACGACAUGAAGCUCAUCCAGAUGGUGUGUCACCGCUUCCACACCGCCAAGAUUGACCAGUCCAAGGAGAAGAAGGAUGGGGAGGGUGAGACGGACUCCCCCAGCAAGAAGAGGCGGUGGUUCGUGCGCAUCCAACGGUCCAGCAACUGCCACGCCCGCAUCCACCUCAAGGUGCAGUACAACCCCCUCACGCAGGACUAUGAUGGGGAGACCCAGGUGGUGUACUACCCCCAGCACACCCACGCCGACGGGGACCAUCCACAGGAUCUCAUGAACCGCAUCAUGGAGCGACACUCCCGCUCAAACUACCUUUCCCGCAAUGGCAACCGCAAGCGCCUCCGUACUGGCAGCAGCCCCUCCCGCGCCGCGCCGGCCAGCGCCGCGGGGGGCCCAGGUGAGGCCGGUGACGAGGACGAGGAGGAGGAGAUAGAGGAGAUCCCACAUGGAGAGGGCGCCUCGGUAGCCAUGGACCAGUACAUGAAGGAGUUCUGCCAGACUCAACUGGAGGAGGUGGGCGAGGUGGAUGGGACAGCCCUAGUGGUGACAUCCUCUGGCACCGCACACGCUGUGCUGCAGGCUGGCCACGCCACACAGCAACAACAGCAGCAGCAGCAGCAACACGAGGAGCAGCAGGAGGAGGUCUUGCUUGGAGAGGAGGCAGUGUUUGGGGAAGGGGGAGGCCAGGCAGUGCUGGUGGAGGGGGGAGAGCCUGGAACCUAUGUGGUGCAGGAGGCGGAGGGAGCGGGGGAGGGCCAGCAUGGGGAGGAAGCCACGGAGUACGUGCUGCCAGCAGAUGAGGACGAGUGGACCAAGCUGUUUGAGGUGCUGCGCCUGCGCCUUAUGACCUCAGAACUGACCCAGCAGGAGAAGGAGGAUGGGGAAGGCCUCCUCUCCUACCAGAAUGUGAUCUCCUACCUGCCUCUCACCCAGCAGGUCAACAUUUUCCAGCAGCUGUGUGCCCUCACUAACACAUCCAUCGCCACUGCUGACUAGGCUCCACACUUGUCUAUCUCCACCUUUCUCACUCACCUUCCUUCAUCUCUCUGCUUGCUGUCUUCACCUGUCUCUCUCACCUAUCUUGUUAUCUCUUUUUUGCCACAGUGCUGUUUUACUCUUCCUCUCUUUCUGUCUUGUAUCUUCACCUUUUCUCCACCUGUCUAUCCACUGUGCUGUCUUGCUGUUUCUCUGCCUGCUUUUACUCACCCUUUCACCAACAGUACUUCUCUUUCCCUCCCUUCUAUCCCUCCUGCCCUUUCAUGCUUUGUGAGCUUGCCUUUUGCUUCACUUUGUUGUCCCUUAUGCUAUUAUCUCUACACACACACAAACACACACUUCAUGAGCUUUUAACCUCCUCCAACCUCCUCUUAUGCUUCCUCAAGACAAGUUAAAAGCAGCAGGCAUUUCACAUCAUUUGCACAACAGCAGUGGCAGUAACUUAUGCAAGACCAACUCUCGCUAUCUUAGCACAAGAGAUCUCCACUCAUCCCUUCCUGCCUCCUGUACCUUCCUCGAUAGCUGGCCUCCCGCUCCCUCUUCCUCUCCCACUCUCCCGCCCUUCCCCAAUAAACACGAUAGGCCAAAGUUCAACAAAAUAUCUCGCUGGCUUGGAAAAAAAUGUGUAAAUAAUUAAGGCUAUUUUUUUACAUGCACCCCAGCAGGAUGAGUUGACUUAGGCUGUGAGCGAUGAGGAAAAAGUAGAGCCUUAACUAUUAUUUACACUGGUUUAUUGUUCUUUCUUUCCUCUGCUUUCUCUCUCUCUCUCUCACUCUCCAAUGUACAUAUCUUGUUAAGUUGGUUUGUAUGUAUGUGUGUCAGUACCUUGUCAAGUGGGUGUGCUGGGGCAAGGAAUGCUGUUUGUUCGUUUGUCCAGACCCAGUGGCAAGGCACACCUGCCAUCCGUCGUGUUAAGUAAGUUGACAGAACGAUUGUGUGUUUGAGACUACAAUUUUUUUUUUUUUUUUUUUUUUCCUCUCUCUCUCUCUCUUUCUCUCUUCUCCAUCAAGAGCUCUGGGCACAUUUGAAUCCAUUGAAUAAGUGACAGCAGUGAAGUCUAUACGUGCACAUAUAUAACAGAUCAUAGCUUGGCUUCUCACGGCCAGAAUCCAACUAGCAAAUACCGUCUGGGCCUGAGUGACUGACUGGCUGGUUAGCUGGCUGGCUGGCUGGCUGGCUGGCUGGAGCUCAAGUCCUCACCAGUUGUGUCCAGGACUGCCAUGUUCCCCACCCAGACAUUCUUCUACAGGAUUUCCAUGCACACAUCUCCAAUAUUGCCCUUCCCAUUAUAACCGAGUGCUUUUAUAACCAAGAGUGACACCCAGACAGGACAAGACAGACCCCCUCAGCACAGACUCAUUUGGGCUCAAGCAGGAAACUAGCAUUGUGAGUCCACCAUAUUUAGUUCACAGUGAAGAGGACGUAACCCGGUGUGUUGUGACGUGGCAUGGUGACAAACAGUAAAGUGUGGUGGAAAGUUAAAUCUGAAGACAUUUAAGCCAUUAGUUAAUACCAGAUUUGGGGGAUAUUGGAGUCUGAGAUGGGAGUUGAAGUGACCCUCCCCCCCACACCCUGGACUCCACCCCUAUAUCCCACAGAAGACAAGUCCGAUACAGUCUUUUUGAGUACCUGAAGCAGUGCUCUUGUGUAUAUUAAGUCUCUGGUCGGCCCUACACUGGUCGGCCGAUGUAUAGCUGUAAAGAGAAGUAUGACCGUUCUAUUUGCCUGUUCAGUACCUGCAAAUGAAGUAUCAAUGCCAGA